GGCUGCUAUUCGCCAAAAAGAACAACACACCAGCUCACCAACUUGCGAUUCUCCUUCCCAUCACAACCUUCCAAGUUCAUCACUGCGCAGACUUCGUUGACUGCGUAUAUUUCUACUUCUGUUUACAUUUCUUGUUCUUACACUCGCUGAACCAACUGUUGUUAUUUUCUGCACAAAGACAGGCUCUACACAACUCCCAAGAUGAAGGCCCUCAUUCUCGUCGGUGGCUUUGGCACUCGCCUUCGCCCUCUCACCCUCACUCUCCCCAAGCCUCUUGUCGAGUUCGCCAACAAGCCCAUGAUCGAGCACCAGAUUGCCGCUCUGGCUGCCGUCGGCGUCACUGAUAUCGUCCUCGCUGUCAACUACCGGCCCGAGGUCAUGGAGAACCGUCUUAAGGAGUUCUCCCAGCAAUACAACGUCAACAUUGUCUUCUCCGUCGAGAGCGAGCCCCUGGGCACUGCCGGCCCCCUCAAGCUUGCUGAGCACAUUCUCGCCAAGGAUGACUCCCCUUUCUUCGUGCUCAACGCCGAUGUCACAUGCGAGUACCCCUUCCAGGCCCUUGCCGACUUCCACAAGGCCCACGGCGACGAGGGUACCAUUGUCGUCACCAAGGUUGAGGAGCCUUCCAAGUACGGUGUCAUUGUCCACAAGCCUAACCACCCCUCGCGAAUCGACCGCUUCGUCGAGAAGCCCGUCGAGUUUGUUGGCAACCGCAUCAACGCUGGCCUCUACAUCCUCAACACCUCCAUCUUGAACCGUAUCGAGAAGAACCGACCCACGUCGAUCGAACAAGAGACCUUCCCCGCUGUUGUCAAGGACGGCCUGUUGCACUCCUUCGACCUAGACGGCUUCUGGAUGGACGUUGGCCAGCCCAAGGACUACCUCACAGGCACUUGUUUGUACCUGUCUUCCUUGGCCAAGAAGUCCCCCAAGCUCCUGACCUCCAACUCGGAGCCCUUCGUCUACGGCGGCAACGUCCUGGUCGACCCCAGUGCCAAGAUUGGCAAGAACUGCCGCAUCGGCCCCAACGUGGUCAUCGGUCCCAACUGCAUCAUCGGCGACGGCGUUCGUCUGCAGAGAUGCACGCUGCUGCCCAACUCAAAGGUCAAGGACCAUGCCUGGGUCAAGAGCACCAUUGUCGGCUGGAACAGCACCGUCGGCAAGUGGGCUCGUCUGGAGAAUGUCACAGUUCUCGGCGACGACGUCACCAUCGGCGACGAGAUCUACGUCAACGGCGGCAGCGUCCUGCCUCACAAGAGCAUCAAGACCAACGUUGAUGUUCCCGCCAUCAUCAUGUAAUUUGGUGCAUGUCAUUUUCGGCCUCUUUUCGUUGUAUAUUCUGGCAAUCUGGUUUCCCCUGUACGACUUCAUAAUCACAAAUUCCCCUAACGCGUUCCGACUGGACGAACAAAAUCUUCUCCCCUCGACUUUCUAUUUUAUUUCCCCGACUAUGAUUGCGGCUGUUCGCAGAAACAAAACAAAAUGGAAGGGUAUGUGCGCGUGGCAGGAGCGAAUAAUGAUUGGCAUUGGUUGGCAUGGCAUGGAAGUCACGGUUGUUGAGCGAGGUGUUGGUGAGGCUGCAUGUGCUUAGACAAAGAAUAAAACUGUCUUCCUCGGUAGUCAUCUAAGGUUAGCAGGUAGUUGACCUUUGGCCCACACGCUGGAUCGGUAGAGUUCCAGUAGGUGGCUCUGGUCCGGGGGCCACCCUUUUGUUCCAAUAGGUGGGCGAGGGUCCCUGAAUAGAAACCAGCUUUUGAGCAAUA